GGCAGUGCGGUCCGCAGGUGAGCAGUGCUGCAGCGCGGCGAUCCGGAAAGCUCACCUUGCACAGACCAGUUGCGGCCAGCGAGAAACUCUGGUCUUUGUAGGAUGAAGAACUCAAUGCUGGAGGCUGCGUCCCUGCUUCUGGAGAAGCUGCUCCUUAUUUCUAACUUCAAGAUCUUUAGCGUGUGCGCCCCGGGAGGAGGCACAGGGAAGAAACAUCCCUAUGAAAUCAGCUCUUUUCUCCGGGGUGACGUGUUGGAAGUGUCACGGACCCAUUUUACCCACUAUGGUAUCUACCUGGGGGACAACCGUGUCGCCCAUCUAAUGCCUGACAUCCUGUUGGCCCUGACCAGUGACAAGGAACGCACUCAGAAGGUGGUCUCCAACAAGCGUCUCCUCCCAGGAGUCAUUUGCAAGGUGGCCAGCAUCCGUGUGGACACAGUAGAGGACUUUGCCUAUGGAGCGGACAUCCUCGUCAAUCACCUAGACGAGACUCUCAAGAAGAAGUCCUUGCUCAAUGAGGAGGUGGCACGCAGAGCAGAGCAGCAGUUGGGGCUGACCCCCUACAGCCUACUAUGGAACAACUGCGAACACUUUGUGACCUACUGCAGAUAUGGCUUUCCUAUCAGUCCGCAGGCUGAGAAGUUUCACGAGACUGUGAAGAUACUCAUUCGUGAUCAGAGAAGUUGUCUUGCUUCAGCUGUCUUGGGAUUAGUGUCUAUUAUCUACACAGGCCUGGCAUCAUACAUGACCCUUCCUGCAGUCUGCAUCCCGUUCUGCUUGUGGAUGAUGUCUGGCUAGCUUCCAACCCCCAUGGGAAUGUGUGCAAAUAUGUUUAUAUUUACAGAGCACAAAACAUUAUAAGCAUUGUUGAUAAAAUGUGGCCCACAACACGUUCUAGAUAAAAAGUGAUCAAGAAUCAUGCAAAGUGCUUACCAUGUAAGCCGAACAGAGCCUUUCUGCAUGCUCUCAGGCUGCAGAACACCAGGAGCUCUGGAAGCAGUCAGCCUGUCAGAGGUCAGCGGCCCCAGAGGGAUGGCACCUGAGGUGAAAGCCACAGGAGAUAAUUCAGGUUAUUCUUUCCUCCUGUAAUCAUUCUGUUGUUAGGCUUAUCAGCUGAGAUCACUAACUUUAUUGUAAUGUAUUCUUAUGUAAUGACCGAUAUUAAAGUGAACAAUUUCCCUCAUUUAGAUGAAUAUAUGUUUGAAAAUUAGCUGAAAGGAAACUAAAGCUCACAUUCCCUUUUGCCUGUCUUUGUGUAAUAAUAUAAUCUUAAGUAUGUCAAGAAUAUUAUUUUCAUUAUUUCAUUAUUUCAAGAUCAGUGUUGAAAGAGCUUAGUGAAGUGACUGGUCAGAAAGCAUAGGAGUGUAGGAACAGCCACAGUAGCUAUUUAUAUUUACCUUUGAAUAGCCUGAGAUUGUGUUUUCUUCUUUUCUUUCCAUAUGACUGUAUGACUACUUUCAAAAAGGUGAACAGAAUUAUUAAAAUAAUUCUGGUAUUAGAUAUACACAUGUGCCAAAUGAAUACACCAAUAUCUGCACUCACAUAUUGAUAGGUAAACUGUAUUUCUGGUUGCUUUAUUAUACUAGUGUCAUUUAUUAAUGAGAAUCUACAAAAAUGAAUAUAAAACCAAAUCCAGUGUCUUUUCCUGUGCCCUUGAAUAUCAAUCUCUCUCUCUCUCUCUCUCUCUCUCUCUCUCUCUCUCUCUCUCUCUCUCUCUCUGUGUGUGUGUGUGUCACUGGAUAGUUUUAAAGCUAAAUUUACUAAUAUCCUUUUUUAAAAUACAAGUUACAUUUGUUUUACAGUUAAUUUUCCACUUUAAGUAUAAUUUAUGACCAUAAGAGAGGUAUGUCACAGCAGUAUAUAAAGCCUAAAUGAAUAGAGCCAAAAAAUAAGUAUUCUGAGAAAGUUACUAAUGCCAAGCAUUGCAGGUGUGUUCACUCACUCUACUGGAUCAGAGGGGAGACCUAGCUUGUUAAAAGCAUGCCUUCAAGACUGUCACUAAAAUGACACAGGUUGGAGUUACACUUCAGGUACUGAACUGUUAUCAAAGGUGGUACAUGGACUAUCUGUUGUCCUUAGAAGGUUGGAGCAGCAGGCAGAGAGCUCCAGGCCUGUGUGGGCUGGAAGACAAUACUGUCUGUUGUCUGGUAACUGUUAAAAGGUACAAAUCAGGCACUGAAGAGAUGACUCAGCACUUAGAGCUAUUGCUACUCUUGAAGAGGACCAGGAUUUAGUUGCCAGCAGCUCCUGGUAGAUCACAGCCUCUGUAACUCCAAU